GAGAACCAAUCAGAGGCCAGAACAUUAUCUGCGCGUCAAACCUCGUUUUCGUCCUGUAUUGACCAAUCGGUGGUCUUUGUGUGUCGGGGUGACUUCCAGGCUCUGUACGCAUCAGCGGCGUUGGUGUGAGCAGGAUGAACCCGGAGAAACGGCUGAAACGGGAACCGGAGGAUAGUUUGGAGGAGGAGGAGGAUGAUGACGAAGAGGAAGAGGCGGUGGCUGCAGUUGAAGCCAGGCACAGCCGUCAUGAGCCUGAAGACCGGCGCAGCAGGCAUUGCCCAUAUCUGGACACUAUCAACAGGAGUGUCUUGGAUUUCGACUUUGAGAAGCUUUGCUCUAUUUCGCUGUCACACAUUAAUGUUUAUGCCUGUCUGGUGUGCGGCAAAUACUUUCAGGGUCGGGGGCUGAAGUCUCAUGCCUACAUCCACAGCGUUCAGUUCAGUCACCAUGUUUUCCUGAAUCUACACACCCUAAUGUUUUACUGUUUGCCCGAUAACUACAAAAUCAUCGAUUCAUCCUUGGAAGACAUUACAUAUGUAUUAAAGCCAACCUUUACUAAAGCUCAAAUCAGUAAUCUGGACAAGCAAGCCAAGUUAUCUAGGGCAUAUGAUGGGACCACUUACCUGCCAGGCAUCGUGGGACUCAACAACAUUAAAGCGAAUGACUAUGCCAAUGCUGUUCUGCAGGCCUUGUCCAAUGUUCCACCGCUGAGGAACUACUUCUUGGAGGAAGAUAAUUAUCGUGGAAUUCAGCGCCCCCCAGGGGAUAUAAUGUUCCUCUUGGUACAAAGGUUUGGAGAGUUGAUGCGCAAAUUGUGGAACCCCAGGAACUUUAAGGCACAUGUUUCCCCACAUGAGAUGUUGCAGGCGGUGGUUCUGUGCAGCAAGAAGACCUUCCAGAUCACUAAGCAGGGUGAUGGUGUCGAUUUCCUUUCCUGGUUCUUAAAUGCUUUAAACUCUGCACUUGGUGGCACUAAGAAAAAGAAAACCAUUGUAACUGAAGUAUUCCAGGGAUCAAUGCGGAUUUACAGCAAGAAGCUGCCUCAUCCUGAUUUGCCGGCAGAAGAGAAGGAAGCGCUACUUGGAAAUGAGGAAUACCAGGAAAAAAUGAUGGAGGCUCCCUUUAUGUACCUAACUCUGGACCUUCCCACUGCCCCUCUUUACAAGGAUGAGAAGGAGCAGCUCAUCAUCCCCCAAGUGCCACUCUUCAGUAUCUUGGCCAAGUUCAAUGGCAUCACAGAGAAGGAGUACAAGACGUACAAGGAGAAUUUCCUGAAGCGUUUCCAGCUGAUCAAACUGCCUCCAUACUUGAUAUUCUGUAUAAAGCGUUUUACCAAGAACAACUUUUUUGUGGAGAAAAACCCAACUAUUGUGAAUUUUCCUAUUACAAAUGUGGAUCUACGUGAGUAUCUGGCAGAAGAAUACCAGACACAGCACAAGAACACAACAUAUGAUCUUAUAGCAAACAUAGUGCAUGAUGGGAAGCCCACUGAAGGUUCAUACCGUAUCCACGUUCUCCACCAUGGCACCGGCAAAUGGUAUGAACUGCAAGACUUGCAAGUAACAGACAUUCUGCCCCAGAUGAUCACGCUAUCAGAAGCCUAUAUACAGAUCUGGAAGAGACGAGAUGAUGGUGAAAAGAACCAGGAGGGAGCAUGAAACUCUUACAGAUAUAUAUCUUACAAAUGUGUUCGACUUGGCAUACAGAAAACUGGACUUAGAACCUGUGAAAACUUUGACAGGUUCCCCCUUCCCCUCCACUUUUCAUCUACUGCAAUGGUUGUCAAGAAAAUAUUUGAACCACAAUCCAGUGCUGAGUCCUGGCUGCCAUAGUUCUCUCCCUGGGAGCCAGGGCUGCAUUUGCUGGUGAUAUUCUGUGUAUCCGCCGGUCUUCCAUCUGUUUUCAGGUAUGGAUGGUGCAGACCCUCCCCAGGAAUCAAGAGUUGUCACCCAGCGUCCCUAUUACUUACUGAGCAGGUCACUUCCUACAUAUCAUUGUUGAGGGAUUACUCAUGGAGAAUUCCAUAAUGAAUAGUUCUAGAAUACCUGACAUGAUUCCUGUGCACUAGAGAUGAGCGAACUUACAGUAAAUUUGAUUCGUCACGAACUUCUCGGCUCAGCAGUUGA